UUUGUCUCACGGCUCUUGAACGCACCAUCUCAAACACGUCGCUAGGGCAACAGCUAACAAGAAGCUUCGUCAGCUUCACGGUUUUUUAUCUUCGUUUAGGUUUUUAUUAGAAAUAACUUCGCUAAAGCUGGAGCCUGUGGUAGUGCAGCAGCCUCCCGGAGGAGGAGGAAGCCCGCAGGAGGACGAAGGAGCAGAGUGGAGCGAAGAGUCUCAGGUUCCAGUGAAGGUGCUACAUGCUCACAGCGCUGACGUCACCGCAGCCCGGUUCUGCUGCAGCGACCGCAGCAUCCUGAGCUGCUCGUUGGACGGCAGCGCCAUCCUCUGGGAUGUGGACAGCGGCCGGCCUCUGAGGCUGUUUGCUGGAGUUCACAGCAGAACAGUCACUGAGUGUGCUCUGAUCCCAAACAACAACAGGAUGGUGACGGUGUCCUGGGACAGGAAGAUGGUGGCCUGGGACCUGGAGACGGGACGUGUCCUGUGGGAGACGGAGUUGGACGGCCUGCUGACGUCCUGCAGCUGCUCAUCUGACGGUCGGCUACUGGUCUGCGCCGCCGAGCCUCAGGACACCGUCUACGUCUGCGGCGCCUCCGGUGGCCAGACGUUGCAUCGCAUCAGCAACCACCACAGCUCCACCAUCACACGGGUCCGAUUCGACCCUCCUGACCAGCGGGUGGCGUCAGUGUCCGCAGACCGGACCAUCAAGCUGUGGGACCUGCAGGCCAAGAGGACGACCAUGUCCAUCUGCAGUAACCAUAGCAACGUGAUUUCCAGCUGCUGCUUCAACGGCAACGGGCACUUCCUGUGCACGGCAUCAUGGGAUAAGACGCUGAAGCUGUGGGACCUUCAGGGGGGGCAGUUCCGGUCUAAUGGCGGCGCGGCGCUGCAGCGCAGCCAUGAAGGCAGUGUGAGCUGCUGCGUCCUGUCUGCUGACGCUGACCUGCUGGUUUCUGGCUCCUACGACCGGACCGUGGCGCUGUGGGAUCCGUCCUCGCUCCGCCGGACUCUGGUUCUGAGGGGCCACUCUGAUUGGGUGACGGACGUGUCUCUCAGCGCUGACAGGAAGCUGGUUGUCUCUUCUUCCAAGGACGGCAGUGUCCGGCUGUGGGACGUGCAGAACGUGGAGCAGAUCCCUGAGGUGAUGCAGAUCAAAAGCGGAGAGGGAACAGGGGUCCAGAUCCUGAAGUGUGAAGAGUGUGGAAGGCCGUUCCCGGUGUCCAGACUGCUGACCUCUGACCUGCUGACGCGCUGCGUCUUCUGCCGCCUCAAAGCUCCGCCCACGUUCCGCCUCCAGCCGCCGCCAUCACCCUGCCCGUCUCCUCUGAUUGGUGGAGAGCGCAGCGACGUCUGAUGGGCCCGGGGAUGUCACAUGAUGCGUUACCAUGGUUUCGAACAACAUGAUGAUGCUGUGUCACAUGACCCAUUCUAUCCUUUUUCUCUGAACUUUGACCUGCUGUUCUUUUCAGGUUUAAAUUUGAACAUUUUUCUAAUUUACAUCAUUUUUGUUUAGUUUGUUUCAUUUUAGGUUUGGAAGUGAGAAAAUAAAAUGAAUAAAAUCUUUCAAUAAUAUAAAUACAGAUUAAUUACAAUGACCAGGGGGCGGGGCUUCCUCUGCACCGGUCUGUGUGAUUGGUCUGAAGGAAACAGGGCUGUGCUGGCUGCCCAAUCAGACGCCAGCGUCUCAUGAGCGGCAUCACAGGAAACAGGAAAUGAUGACGUUCUGGUCGUCAAAGAGUCAGAGUUUUCUUCAUUGUAGUGGCUUUUGCUUUGUUUUGCAGAUUAUUAAUCUUAUUUCUGUAGA